CCUAUAAAAGCCCCACUUCUAAGGAAAAAAGAAAAGAGAAAGUUACUUCGCCGUUUUUUAUUGUUCUUUCAUCACUCUGCUUAACGCCGACUGUUCUCACUCAAAAUCGCUCCCUCGUUCGUUCGAUCGAUCAAUUCCCUACCCAGGUGUUUUCGACUAAAGAAACAAUGGUUGGAAUAACCAAACUGAGGAUAAAGUUUGGACCUGAAGGCUCUGUCAAAGCCUUCCAAACGUUUAACGCUAAGAGCACUGAGAAACCUAUUUCUGAAGAAGAAGAAGGUGUAAUGAAACCCUUGAAUCAGUCAAGGAAGCGUGGACCUGACGAGCUAGAGGAGGUUCAAGUUAACAAGAAGCAGAAGCUGAACCGUGUUUUGUCUAGUCAGUGUCUCACCCUCUUGAAAUCAUUGUUGGCACACGAGUUUGGGUGGCUGUUUAGGGAGCCUGUGGAUCCUGUUAAGAUGAACAUUCCUGAUUACUUCUCUGUGAUAUCGAAGCCCAUGGAUCUAGGCACUAUCAGUUCCAAGCUUUUGAAGAAUGUGUACAGCAGUGCGGAUGAGUUUGCUGCGGAUGUCAGGUUGACUUUUAACAAUGCGUUGAGGUAUAAUCCUCCGGAGAAUUCUGUUCACGUCGUGGCGAGGGAGCUUCUGGAGAGUUUUGAGGUUAGAUGGGAAUCUCUUAAGAAGAAAAAAGUUUCAGAAGAUUCUCGAAGGCAACCAGUUGAAGUUGGUUGUAUAAGACAUAGCAGCCCUGAAACAUCAGCUUCCUCUGGGAGGCUCUCUGUGGAAUUGCCAAGACCAUUGAAAGAGAAGUCUCAAAAGGUUCCUCUUUUGUUAAAGCCAGUGACAAAGCUGAGCAAAAAGGAUACUCCUGUUGUCACACCGACAGCUUUAGCAACAAAGUUGAGGAUUAAGAAGUUCGAGAAGGGCCUUGGUUCGACUGUGGAAAACCCAAGCAAAGGUUCAACUCCAACUUCAACCUGCAAAUGUAGUUCAUGUGGUAGGAUAACUUGCAUAUGCCUCAAGUCUUGUAACUCAUCUGGAAGUGAAGUUUCUACAUUGACGGAUUAUCUGGUAAAGGAGAAUUCAUGUUCACAGGCGAGCGAGUCAGAUCCACAUUCCAAUGGGUCUAUAAGCUCAAAGAGUGAUUGUGUCAGUUCUCAGCUUGAUACACCUUUGGAUAAUGGCAAGUUAUCAUUCCUCUCUUAUGGUCUAUGGGCUUCCUAUAGUAUGGUUUCUUAG